CCGGGCUCCCGCUGUGGCCACCGACUGCUGUUUCCUGCUGCUGAGGCGGCGGGCCCGGCCGGGCGGGCUCUGGGCUGCUGGCGGUCGGGGACGGGGCCUGGUGUGCUCUGCCUGAGCGGAUCGGCCCUAGGGAAGCAGAAGCGAAAGUAUUGAGACAGCAGAUUCGUAUCGGGGACAGUUUUUCAGUAGCUCUAUCCUCAGCUGUAUAUUUAGCAGCAUAUACCCAAUAGUGAAAUGUCCUCAAGAAAGAAAAUGAAGAGCAGUCAUUCCAGCAAAAUGUUAAAGGAACGCAAACCCAACUCCCAUCCUCGGAAAUUACCUUCACUUGAGGAACCAGAUGUCUCGAUGAUACAGAAGGUAUCGCAAGGAAAUCAGCUUGAGGAGCUUGAUGAUUCAUUUGAUCACCCUUUGCACAGUACUGCUCUGGAUGCUUAUGGAGAGGAACUUUCACAAAGCGAGUCACUUGGCCAGGUUUCAGAACCACAAAGGAAAAAUACAGAAAGAAGUAAAGAAACACCUUGCUCAAAAACAUCUGAUGGUGAUGUUCGGAAAUGCAGCGCAGCUGAUUCUGAGGAUAAAUCCCUUACAGACAAUGUGAAAUCUCAGAAUACUACUCAAUUCCAGGCAAAAGAGAAGCAGCCUUCAGAGGAGAACACAUCAGAUCCUUCUGUGGAUAGUCCAUGUUCUGUACAGGUUUGGUGUCCCAAAGAGGUGAAGAGAUCUCCUAGAGAUAUUACAGAAUUGGAUGUUGUUCUGACUGAAUUUGAGAAGAUAACAGCAAAUUACAGACAAAGCACAGAAUCAGACAUUUGCAGAAAAGCUAUCAAUAGCUUCUGCGCUGCCUUCAAGGACGAAAUCACUGAUCUUAUAGUGGAAGUCCAGAAAUUCGAGAAUAUGAAGAAAAAAAAUGCCAAGGUAUUAACAGACAUGAGAAAGAAAAGGCAGCAACUCUUUCAACUUGGACAAGAGCAAUUUGGAGUGGAGCCACAACUGAUACGCCUACAAACAGAAUAUGCUGAGGUACAGGAAAGGCAAUCUGCCUUGAGGCAAGCAACUGAAUUACUUACUCAUUUAAAGGAGCUACAGCAAGACUGUUUGGAUUAUAGAGAAGAAAAUCCAACAGAAAAAGUGGUUUAUGGAACUUCCAGCCUCCCUGCUCUUCUGGUGGAGUCACGGAGAAUUCUAGGAGCAGAAAAACACUUUCAGAAUAUUAAUGUGAAACUGGAAGAGGCUCUGGCUGUACAAAGAGAGAAGUUAUCAGAGAAACAUUAAGUGUUUUUUAAUAGACUUUUUGACAUUUGCACAUAACAGUUACUACAAUGGUCAGUGCUUAAAGCUUGUUUAAUCAUUGCUGCUCUAUGUUGCUUCAGUGUUUAAAAGAAAUCAGUGACUUAACCAGAGGUUUUAUCUUUCUAUAGUUAAAUAGUCUGUGUGAGAACGUACUCAGGAUGGCAGUGAAAUUAAUGAAACAGGUAUUCCAGUUAAAGUAGUAAAAUUCUUAUGUGCUCUGUGAACAAUGUUGGGUAUUAAUCUUGGGCUUUUAAAGUAAUGUGAUCUUGAAAGCAAUAUGUAUUUUUAAAUGAGAAGACAUACAAAUUUAAUAAAAAGGUUUGUUUAUUUGAAAUAAGUAAUUUCCAUUUCUGAAAGUAAA